AUGUCAUUUCGGUGUAAGAUAAAAUGAAACAAUAAAAAAACAAACAUGUUUUUUCAUAAAUAAAAUAAAAUAAUAAUAACGGCUAACUUGAAUUCAAGCACGAGGAGGAAGAGAUGACUGGAGGGACGAAUGAUUCAAAUACAGGCGAAGGAGGGUUUGACGGAGAUGAAUAUUAGUUUGAUGAAGAGGGUUUUAAGGUGUGAAUUGGAGAAUAAGUUGAUCUGGCUUUUAUUUAUUUAUAUGGAGGGAAGCCAGAUAUCUCUUUCCAACAGAAAGAUCCCAUUUAAAUUAUCAUUUUUUUUUUCACCUAUUCAAGCUGAUAUCCAUUUCAGUCUGCAAAGAGAAGACAACAAAAAUGGGGAUCAAGUCCAAAUCGCUUCAAAUCAGGCAGGAAUGAUUGUCACAUCAGCUUUGAUAAUUUGGAAGGGAUUAAUGUGCUUUACUGGAAGUGAAUCACCAGUUGUAGUUGUGAUUUCUGAAAGUAUGGAACCUGGUUUUCAAAGAGGUGACAUAUUGUUCCUGCAUAUGAGUAAAGCACCCAUUCGAGCAGGAGAGAUUGUUGUAUACCAUGUUGAUGGCAAGGACAUUCCCAUAGUUCACCGAGUUAUUAAGGUACAUGAACGACAAGACGGGGCCGGCAUUGAAGUUCUUACUAAAGGGGAUAAUAAUAAAGUAGAUGAUAGGGUUAUGUAUGCUAAUGGUCAGCUUUGGCUUCAGAAGCAUCAUAUAAUGGGUCGUGCUGUUGGGUUCUUACCAUAUGUCGGUUGGGUGACAAUCAUUAUUACUGAAAAGCCCAUUAUCAAGUACAUACUAAUAGCGGCUUUGGGUUUGCUGGUAAUCACAUCAAAGGAAUAGUUAUUUGGUCAUAUUUUUUUUUGUGUAGGUUUUUAGUGUAUCUUUGUUGCAACCUACAGGCAUGCUUGUGAAUUCCAGCAAAGGACAUUCGAGUAGCAUUCUUGAUUGUGAUGUUAAAGGUUUUUUAUUGUAAUGGAACUCACACACCCUUAAAUUUUUUUAGUUAGGAGUCAAUGAUUGUGAUGAGAGACAUUUGGCAUUAUCCUGAUAUAGAUUUGGUCUGUUCAAGGUGUUAGAUUUAUCAUUUUGUGCAUGGAUUAAGUUUUAUUUAAAUGAAGAAGAUUCAUUCGGAGUAUUUGACAUAGCUGUCAAGGUAAAAGUCCCUUGUCACAUUACAUAAGAGGACAUUUUUACUCUGCUAGCAUGUUCAAUGUAUAAUUGUAAAAAAGUACACUUUCUUGAAGUGCCAUCGAGGUUAAUUAAUUUA